UAUAAAAGCUCCUCACAAUGUGUGCCAACUGAAUUGACUCAAAUUUUUCAGACGAUAUUAUCUACUUUUUGUAUUUACAAUUACGGAAAGUAAUUAAAAAAAUGAGAGGAUACACAUUUGUAUUUAUGAUAUUUGCAGCAGUGUUUGUACUGUUGUCUAGUGUUGUAUCGCAACCGACAGAAAUUCCAGAACCAACUCCUACUCCACCACCAGGACCUACUCCUGGACCAACACCUACACCUCCGCAAGGACCCACACCUGGACCAGGUUGUGUUUUCAUCAUACAUUUGAAUAUUUAUAUUUGUCAUUAAUCUUCAUACAAAUAUUUAAUUGCUGCUCAAGAAAUUGUUUCAAAAAUCGUUGGUAAAAUAAGUUGUGUUUGCUUAUAAACCGGGCGGCUCUUUUAGAGUUAUUAAAUAUCAACUGCAGCAUCAAAUGUAGAAUAACUUUCUUCAUGACAGUAAUAAAUUUUUUCA